AGAGGGACAGAGGGAGGGCCCGGAGCCGCAAACCUCCCUGGAGCAGCUGCUGAGAACCCUCCGUUUCUCUGGACACUCACUGGGAGCUAUCCCUGGCACUUUAGUUUCUUCACCUGAGACCAGAUGUGGAGUAAACAGGACUCCCUGCAGAAGGAAAAUUCAGAUGCUGUGACGACUGGAAACAACCAGAGCAGUAAAUGCCAGACGUGGCCUACUGUGUGAGGCUGAGGUUGACAUGUCUCGAGUUUCCUCGUCAUCCACAGUGAAGCAAAUUGGUAACUAUCCGGGCAGCUCCCUCUCCAGCUCUCACUAUGGUCCCACGUACCAUAGCUACACUCCCAGCCUGGGCUGCAGUUACACAGACAAGAGCAAGCUGCUUUAUAAACCAGGCUACACCAACUAUAUUCCCCACACCAACUCUAACCGAGCAGCAAGCAAAUGUACUGUGGAGGCUGACCGAGGCCGGCAGAUCCCUCGCCCUGACAUGCUCACCAGGCGCAGUGAGAGUUUGAGCCGUGUUCCCCUGAAGGCCUUUCCGAGUGGACUCACUGGCGGAUACUGUGGUAACUAUGGUUACAGCACAGUGAGCAGUACCUCAGUGUACCCUCCUCCUCGGCUGUCUCUAACUCGCAGGAAGUCCAUCAGUCAGACAGACCUGAACCGCGAUCUGCUGAACCUCCACAUGGCAGACACAUACCAGUUAAACUCCAUAAAGAGCCCUACACUCACCCGACACGCCAUGGAUUCACAGGCUGGGAGCUACAGAGGCUGCACUCGGAGUGACAUCACCGAGGGUUGCUGUACCAAGGGCUCAGGAACUUACAGCUUACCACGGAGCGUGACACAGGAAACCAUUACUGCUUCAUUUAAAAAUACUGAUCGCUUCAGCCCAGCAUGGGAGAGGAGUGCAAGUACUGGGAGGUGUACUUCACCUGUUCGAGACACAAUGAAUUCUAAAACCAGCCAGGGUCUUGUGGGCCUUCGAAAUCUGGGCAACACUUGUUUCAUGAACUCCAUUCUGCAGUGUUUGAGUAACACCUGGGAGCUGAGAGAUUAUUGUAUUCAGAACACGUAUUGGCGAGAUCUGAACAACCGGGGCCGCACCAACACCGCACUCAUGGAGGAAUUUGCAAACCUUCUCCAGGCCAUGUGGACAUCCUCCAGCCAUGAUCCCAUCAGUCCUUCAGAGUUCAAAACACAAAUUCAAAAAUACGCUCCACGAUUUGUCGGAUACAAUCAACAGGAUGCCCAGGAGUUUUUACGUUUCUUGCUGGAUGGGCUUCAUAACGAAGUGAACAGAGUGUCAGUGCGUUCCAAGGCUAUCGUGGAGGACUUGGACCAUCUUCCGGACAAUGAAAAGGGGAGAAGAAUGUGGAAGAAAUACCUGGAGAGAGAGGACAGUUGGAUUGUAGAUCAUUUUGUGGGCCAGUUGAAAAGUUCCCUGACCUGCAGUGAAUGUGGCUAUUGUUCCACAGUGUUUGACCCCUUCUGGGAUUUGUCACUGCCCAUUUCAAAGAAAGGUUAUGGUGAAGUUUCACUAAUGGAUUGUAUAAGACUCUUCACAAAAGAGGAUGUUCUGGAUGGCGAAGAAAAGCCAACCUGCUACAGAUGUAAAACACGAAGAAAAUGUACCAAGAAAUUUACAAUCCAGAAAUUCCCAAAGAUCCUUGUGCUUCAUUUGAAGCGAUUCUCUGAAGCUCGGAUCCGCACCAGUAAGCUCACUACCUUUGUAAAUUUUCCUCUGAAAGACCUUGACCUUCAAGAGUUCUCAUCUGAAAACUCUGCUCAUGCAGUUUACAAUCUCUAUGCUGUGUCCAAUCACUCGGGCACCACCAUGGGUGGACAUUACACUGCAUACUGCAAGAACCCACAAUCUGCUGAGUGGUACAACUAUAAUGACUCCAGAGUAACUCCAAUGUCAUCAAAUCAGAUACGGACAAGUGAUGCCUAUGUGCUAUUUUAUGAACUGUCCUGUCCUUCCUCUCGGAUAUAAGUUUUUGGUCAUGAGAACAGGGGAAAAACAAAGCCGCUUAAACUGUCUCAGCAAUGCCGACAUUUUCAAAUGAUCAUCACAUAUGUCCUCAUGGUGCAACACAAAGUCCUUGACUAGGAAUUCAACCAAUCAAUGACCAGAAUGACUGACUGCACCAGGACCAAGAGGGGCGAAGGGGGGAGGGAUAACACAAAGGGCUCUCUUUCAGAAAUUCAGGGGUCACCAACCCUGAAGUCAUUGACAGAUAUUUUCCAAAGUACACACCAGCAUCUGCUGCAGAGUGAACCUGGGUUAGAUCCACAUCUUGCUGAUGAAAUACUGCCUACAACAGUAAGUUGUUGGAGCUGCAGGUUCCACAUCAGCAUCUCUCCUCAACACUGUCUUGGAGUAUGUUUAUUUUCAAUUGCAGAAUUUUUCUUGCAAGUCUUUUGAAACAUUAAAACCACAAAUUUGUUGCAUAGAGGGAUAGAGAUGAUCUGUUGCUGUUUCAGAUCCUCCGUUACAAACCAAGGAAUCUGAUUCGGGGGGAUUUUUAUUUAAGUGUUAAUUUAACUUUUUGGUUUAGUUGCAGUGAUUUGCCUGAAUUCCUUUGGCACAUCUGGUUGAACAUCACUGUCCAAAGAUGUUUCUAAUUUCCCUAACUGCCCCCUUCGAUGAGGAACCUGCAAUUUUAAAUAUUUUAAAAAUAUUUACAUUUCAGUAAAUUUGAAAUAUAAUUUCAGAUUUAAGGAAUCUAGCCAGCUCUGAAUUAGUGUUGAUUACCUGAAUUUGUACACUCUUCUUGAGGACUGAUAAGUCACAUUUUACUUGCCUGAAUUAAUCAGCUUCAUCUGAAUUGCAGAGAUAUGUCUAAGUGAUCCCUAUCUGUUAAACCAUUAAAUGGGAAGACAUUGUGCAGCUAAUAAGGUCCUAACUUGUUACUGGCACAGAAUCCUUUUUAUAACCUGACUAGAGAAGGGUCUCUUCUUAGAACCUAAAAACACAGGAUAACAAGUGGUAACUACCACAGUGUUUGCAAUGCUAGACUUUUUAAAAUCCCUGACAAAAUCUGUUUCUGGGGUAUUCUGAACACCAUGGAGUUGGUCAGUAGAGCUCAGGCUACUCAGACCUACAGCUGGUGCUCUGGGAAGUGAUCAGUUAGUAGUAGUGUUCCAUUGUCUUGUCUUGAUUCAUUCUAACUUUUCCUUUUUUUAAAAUUUUUUUUGUUUCCCUCCUAUCUACCUUCCUGCUUCUAUCAUCGUUUCUUUAAGGGCACUGCAUCUUUUCAAGGUCAUUUCUCAUUUGCUUCCUCACUUUACAUGUACCUUUUUCUAAUUUUCAGGGGAAAGGAAUUAAACUUGGAGAGAGACAGUAUUAAUAGUAAUCUUUAAAUAAUUUGGACUUUUCAGCUUCACAACUAAAACAGGUAGAUUGCUUGAUCAUAAAGUGAACCCUUUCAGCUGUCGUUAGGAUCCCAACCUCCAUCUUUCCCCAGUACACGACUCCUAUGGUCUAUUCUUCUUGCAGAGCCAAGCUCUGGAUAAGGGGAUACUGGGGUAAGAAGUUCAACUUCCUAUUGGGUGUUAUUAGCACAGCAGUUGUUUACUUUAAAAUAUAAAAGGUUAUGCAGGGAUAUUUACUGUGACGAGGUUGCAUGAGGUGAGCAGUAUGUACAUCUAACAAACCUGUGAUGUCUGCCAUAACAAAAUGGUUUCCAGCUGAAAACAUCAAUAAGGUCAUUUUGUAGGUUCAAGUAAUAGGAUCCUGAUAUUUGUCCACUGUUAAUUUUGCCUCCAGAUCCUCCCUGCUUUGAUGUUGGAAAUUUAUCUUUGUCUUUGAUCUGAGAUACAAAAUCACCUGGAAUUCAAGAGAUUAGUUCAUGAUUUAAAGGAUUGUAGAGAAUAUUACCCAGAACAUUUUCAAACCUCCUGUUAUGUGGGUUUAUUUGUUGCUCUCUCGCGCUCUCUGCCCGACAUGUAACUGGAUGACUUCUGAAAUGCGCACACUGUCCAUUGUACUUUCUGGCAUCACCCUCUGAGCCAAUGACUCUCUUUAAUAUCAUUAUUUCAUAAAAGAUAGGGUUUUGAGGGGAAAAAUGCAGACUGAUGAUGGAGUCUCUACCAUCUGAUAGCAAGUGUACCUCCUUUCAUCUCACUCCUAGUCUUUACAUCCUUUUAAUUGCCCUACUUAAAUAUAGCUGUGUAAAGCUGAUUGAUCU